AUGGCCUCUCUCAAGCGAAAACGACACCGAGGCGGAACCGAUUCAGGUACGAGCUCCUCUGAGGCUGCGGCGGCGGCGGGUGGUGUUGGCGCCGCUACCGCUGCUCCAUUGGCUUCAGGUUCCCCUGUAACCAGGGCGCGCCGAGCGACACGCCAGACAUCGACCGCCCCACUCCCCGUGCUUCCCGACCCGGAACCACCCCGACGGCGCCGACGCCGGGACAGCACUGGCACUGGCCUUGCCACUGACCGGCAGUCUCCCACGUCACCACCACUACCACCACCAGGACCACCACCACCACCACCGCCGGCCCACCGCGACAAGGAAAACAUACCGAUGCAGUCCAACUCGCAUCAUGGACAUGCUCCAAUCAUCAAGACUCGUCUGACGCGCCACACCGGCUUUGACUUUGACCCGCCAUCAUCCGUGCCCACGCCGCCCAGUUCCAGUUCCAAUUCCAAUUCCAAUUCCAGUUCGCAUCCUCCGCGACCCCACGCCGCCAGCUCCCACUCGUCGUCCAAUUCUUCCCAUUCCGGUCCCCGUGCAAUCACACCCGCCCGAUCAGUCACCAUCAAGACCUCGACAUCAACAGCCCAUCAAUCACCCCUCGCACAUCCGCACCAGGCGCCGACUGCGUCUCCUCUACGUGCUCCUGCCCCCACGCCGACUACGAAAAUCCUCCCGGGCCCUCUCGCCGGAGGGCAGGCACGACACGACUCGACAACUCAUGGCCAUGGCCGCUCUGCUGCGGGGCCCGUGGUGCUUCCACACCACAGUAUAGUCGGGCAAAGCAAGACCAUCUCCAUGGCACCCUCAGUACCACCACCGCCACAACAUCAACAACAACAACAACAACAACAACAACAACAACAAACACAUCGCUCACCCAUUGCGAGGCCUGGCCCGAGUGGCGGCAAAUCAGACAGACCCGAGCGGGCACCCGGCGAGCGGCCAGACCGUAACAUCGACAAGGUCGUGUUGGGUGACAUAUGCUUCCGGGCAUGGUACCCUUCCUACUACGGAAAGGAGGUUCUCGGUGAAGGCCCGCCUAGUGUUGGCACGACCAUUGCCAAUGGGACAAACCCUUCGAAUCAGGCGGCACAUGGACACCAACCCCACCACCAGCCGCCUAUGCUCGACCGCCUUUACGUGUGCCCGUGUUGUUUCAAGUACUCCAAGGAGCUGGUUGCCUGGAGGAGACAUGUCUGCUUGUGUGAGGCUCGGGGCCACAUUCCCGGAACCAAGGUCUAUGUGCACCCAAAAGGGCGGCGGACAGUUCUCGUACCGACAGGGCCGGCUCCAAAACCUGGAAGAGGUAAACGUGGAAGUAUCGGGCAGAAGAUGGUCGAGGAGGUGAUCCAGGAUGAAGGGGAAUGGAGUAUUUGGAAGGUAGAUGGGGCAGAGGACAUGCUCUUCUGCCAAAACCUUUCCCUAUUUGCAAAACUUUUCCUGGAUAACAAGUCGGUGUUUUUCGAUGUUAGCGGCUUCCACUACUUCCUGCUUGUCUUCACUCCGCCUGAUCCCCCCACGGACCCGGACUCAGACGUGACCGAGGUCGUCAAGCCUCGUGGUCAAGUUGUCGGUUUCUUCUCCAAAGAGAAGAUGUCAUGGGAUAACAACAACCUCGCAUGUAUCCUCAUCUUCCCGCCUUGGCAGCGCAAAGGUCUGGGUGCGCUCCUCAUGGGUGUCUCGUACGAGAUAUCUCGACGUGAGGGGAUCAUUGGCGGGCCCGAAAAGCCCAUCUCGGAACUCGGCAAAAAGGGGUACAAGCGCUUUUGGGCCGGCGAAAUAGCCCGUUGGCUCCUCAGUUUGGAGCCGACAGGCACGACACCAGGCGAGGAAACGGUUGUCGACAUUGAAGAUUGCAGCAAGGCAACGUGGAUAGCCCCCGAUGAUUGCUUAGCGGUGCUAAGAGAGAUGGAUGUUGCCGAAGACGCGGGUAGGGGUCCUCCUAAGCCCAAGAUACACGAACCUAGCGAGGAAGAAGUGGGCACCACCCCUUCGGAAGCACCAGCACCAGCACCAGCAGCUGCACCAGCAGUAGUAGUGGAGGAUGUGCCGCGGGUUCGAAUCACACUGGAAGCUGUGCACAACUGGGUGACUCGGAACCGCAUUAGCUUGGAAAGGACCUGCGAUCCGGCGGGCUUCAUCGACGACUUCGUCAUGGAGGAGCCUUCUUCAGAGGAAGAGGGAUGAAAAACCUCACAAACCAAGUGACUGCCGGUGCUGCCUAGCUGAUCAUACUAGGCGUCCGCAGCAGCUGUUUGUAUAACACCAUUUCAGCAGGAGACGGAUGGCCUGCAAAUCCCAUGCGGAAAAAAACCCUGCUCACUCGGCUUCCUGCUGGACGAUUAUCUACCUAGGUUGCGCAUUGUAUUCUGGGUAAAGAAGCCAUUGGCUCGAUUUCCAAUAUGCUUUACGGCUGCACUCUCAAAGGUCGAAGUCUUGGUGACAGCGGCGGAGUCUCUGGUGAGGAAAGGAUCACUUUACCAAAACGACAUUUGACUAUGUUUACCAGUUUGU